GAUAAUCUGAACCAUUGUUAUUUCGACUUUUUUGCGUCACGCCUCCUUGCUCGAGAACCAUGCAGCAGACUGACGAAGAACGAAGAAUGUGGAAAACUCAAAAUUCCAUUGAACUCACUUUGAAUUGCGAAACACAAAUGGAGCCUUCGCUGAGCUUGCCAAAGGGAAUUCCGGAAUUCGACGGCGGAAUCGGAGAGACGAGACGAAUGGAUUGGUGGAAAAAGGCGAACGAGAUAUUCUCUGCCAUGGUAACGGAUACAAAGAUUACAAUGGUCCUUUGUGUCCAAAUAUCGAUGUUCUUAUUUCCUUUCCUUCAAGUGGUUCAAAGAACAUACAAGUGA